GUCAAUCAGGUCAGACACAUGGGUUUCUUGUUAGCAAGCUCAGAGAAGGAAGUUGAGGAGCUGAGUGAAGAUUGUUCCCCUCAAAGGACAACCGGUGAAGGGAGAUGCUGUGACUGCAAGCUGAGGUUUCCCAACUUGGCUUCCCCAAUCCUGACUUGGUUCCUGAUCCUGCCCUGAGCCAAGCCCCCUCCCUUGGUCUCCACACCCUCUCGUCCAGCCCUCCGCCCUCCGCCCGGCCUAGACGGCUCCUUCUCUGCCUCCCGGCUUCGUCCUUCGCCCCUCCGUCUCUCUCCGUCCACCCGUCCAUCUAGCCCCUCCCCCUUGGGGCUUCCCGCUCUUCCUCCGGGCCGCGCGCUCGCCCAGCCGCCAUGACGGCCGAAGGGGACGCCACGUCGGUGGAGUCGAUGCGUCUGAAGCAGGAGAUCUCCCUGCUGCACGGCGUCUGCCUCAUCGUGGGCAACAUGAUCGGCUCGGGCAUCUUUGUCUCGCCAAUAGGUGUGUUGUUCUACACUGGGUCGUUUGGCCUGUCCCUCGUGGUCUGGGCCAUUGGAGGCGUCUUUUCUGUGUUCGGCGCCCUGUGCUACGCUGAGCUGGGAACCACAAUCCGCAAGUCCGGGGCCAGCUACGCCUACAUUCUGGAGUCCUUUGGUGGCUUCCUGGCCUUCAUCAGGUUGUGGACGUCGCUGAUGAUCGUGGAGCCGGCGUGCCAGGCGGUCAUAGCCCUGACCUUCUCCACCUACCUGGUCCAGCCCUUCUAUCCCACCUGCUCCGCCCCCUACGAUGCCGUCCGGCUCAUAGCCGCAGCCAUCAUCGGUCUUCUGACGUGCAUCAACUGUAUGAAGGUGAAGUGGGGAGCCAUCCUCCAGGUGGUCUCCACCUUUGCCAAGGUGCUGGCCCUCAUCGUCAUCAUCAUCGCCGGGAUGGUGAGACUAGGACAAGGCAAGACGGAGAACUUUGAGGACUCGUUCAAGGGCUCCAAGUGGAACCCCGGGGACAUUGCCCUGGCCCUGUACGCAGCGCUCUACUCCUACUCUGGCUGGGACACGCUCAACUUCAUCACCGAGGAGAUCAAGAACCCAGAGAGGAACCUCCCGUUAUCCAUAGCCAUCUCCAUGCCCAUCGUCACGGUGAUCUACAUCCUGACUAACAUCGCUUAUUACGUAGUCAUGGACGCGGACACUGUGUUGGCCAGCGAGGCUGUAGCCGUGACGUUUGCGGACGAAGUCCUGGGCUGGGCCCGCUGGCUGAUCCCCCUGUCGGUGGCCAUAUCCUGCUACGGCGGCCUCAACUCCUCCAUCAUCGCUGCCUCCAGACUGUUCUUCGUGGGUUCCAGAGAGGGACACCUGCCUAAUGUCCUCUGCAUGAUCCAUGUCAAACGUUACACCCCAAUCCCAGCCCUGCUCUUUAACGGCGGCAUGUCUCUCAUCUACCUGUGUGUGAGGGACGUCUUCCAGCUCAUUAACUACUUCAGCUUCAAUUACUGGCUGUUCAUUGGCCUGUCCAUUGCCAGCCAGAUCUACCUGAGGGUCAAGUUCCCCGACAUGCACCGCCCCGUCAAGCUGAGCCUGUUCUUCCCCGUGGUGUACUGCAUCUGCACCCUGUUCCUGGUGAUAGUGCCCCUGUACAGCGACACCAUCAACUCCCUGGUGGGCAUCGGCGUGGCGCUGUCGGGCGCCCCCGUCUACUAUGUCUGCAUCCACCUGCCGCCCAGCUCCAGGCCCGCCUUCCUGAGCAGGAUGCUGGAUGUGAUCUCCCUCAACACCCAGAAGGUGUGCCUGUGUUGCGUGGCGUCGCCUGACAUCGACCUGGACAACAUCGACCCAGACAAGAUGCAGUGACGGCCAGACGGGAGGGAAUGGACGGAUGAAUGAGUGACCGAGGAGAGGUUUUAAAGUCGGUCCAAGGAUGCUUGUUCUAUCCCCAUGUUAAUUUCCAGAGGCCAGAUUGGACACCGUGUCCGUCGAGCCAAGUGUGUCUGCUUCUCUAUACUUAGAACCAGCUUCAUGGCAGCUCUGAGCCCUUUAGAAACAUCACACACUUAUAGGAAACGUGAAUAGGAUGUGAGGCAAACUGGACUGGAAAAAAAGACACUUAUUAAGUUCACUUAUUGUUUUAUUUGUAUUCACACUUUUUUGUUUGUUCUUUUUCUGUUCUCUGUCACAUGGUUGCCUGUUAAAUCCCAGUUUGGCACCAAGCUCACCCCAAAAUCACACGCUUGUCUGCUUUGCUAAGUGUUGCUUUAAGAGCUGCUGCUGUUUGUUUUUCGCCGAAGUUGCUCAUGUGUUUUUCACUCUACCAGAUCUGUGCAGAGCUUGAUUUCCUUUAGCUUUAUCACGUCCAGUCACCAACAGCAGCAUUGAAGACUUCCCACAGUUCCCACUGGCCUGAUCCAAUCAGGUCACUCCCCCCCCCCCCCCCCCCUCCUCCCCCCAUCUAUGUUUCAAUGCAAAUCCUCCAGUAUGAUCUUUAAGGAGAGACAAACCAGAGGAAACUACUGUUUCUGGUAGGGUGACAGUUCCUUUCUGGUGUCGAAUGUAAGAAAGACAUGAAUGGAAUUCCGUUGUGUGAAGUUCCUUAUCUAGACAGGCUAUCCAUUGUCUGAGUCCUGUACAAUGAUUGGGGGUGGUACUCGACACACUGCUUGGCUAAUGUGCUUGCAAUUGAAAAGGCCUGCUGAUAGGCUAGCAGGGUUGCCUUGGUGUACGUGUAUCUUGGAAUGUUCUUAAUCCGCUGGAUGUAUAAGGAGGUUUAAGGACUUAGCCAUGUGCGCUUCCAUAUAACCAACAUAGGAUGAUUAUCCUGCCUUCUGGCCUCACAAGGAAUGCCAGAUUAUUCUUUACCGUGCAAUGCUUCUGAACCCUUCAGCCAAACCAGGGGCUCACAAGACGGUUCCUAUGCACCCUCUAGUGGUAGGUUUUAGAAAACUGCAGUUGAGGGACUGUGAUGUUAGUUCCUAGAGCCAGGGACGGGCUGUAGAAAUGAGUUACUGAGCUCUCUCAGGUCUGACGUUUGAUGCCAUCCAAAGUUUCUUUUGUUUGACCCUUUCUCAAUGCCAAACCUGACUCUUGCCUAAAUGUAGCUUUAAGUGUAGCAUGCUAUCUCCUUUCUUGUUUGUGGCAGUUUGCAAUGGUACCUUUUUUGUGUCCAUUUGAAGGCCUUCAGUUGAACAUUGUUAUAUUUGGAAACUAUGCUAUGAAUAAAAUGCCUUGCUGCUUUCUUUUAAUCUUAAGACUCACCAUAUUGUCUGAUUGUUUGUUAGGUGAAUGGUACUAUAUGUCAGCUAUGCUAUACGUUUUUCCACUCUUUGGGGUGUUUUAGACACCUAAAGGUUCCAUUUUCUCAAUCACUCAUAUAUCAUGUUGUAAUGCAUCAGUCUGUGAUCAUGUUGUAAUGCAUCCGUCUGUGAUCAUGUUGUAAAGCAUCCGUCUGUGCUGGGAGGUCUCUGAUUGCAGUGUGUGUAACCACGUAUACAAACUUUACGUUUUGACGUGAUCUAGUCAUCUUCUUUUCUACUGCCUGGUUUUGUAUUCCAGAUGAGCUGUGAUGUUUUAACUGAUGAGGUCAGCUGCCAGACUCGAUGCCAGUUCUGUCCUCCUGCAUCGUGUCAUGUACUGCGUGCUUUAGACGGAGGCUUUGACGCCAGCUCAGAAGCUGCAGCUCCUACACUCCUCGGUGAAGGACCACCGUGUCCAGAGCAAAGCAGGAGACCCAUUUCCAUCCCAACCCUCAGUCUUAGUAGAUGAAAGUUGCCUUUUAUAGGAAGAAAAAAAAAAAUAUAUGCAUAUGUGAAAUGUCCGUUCUCUGAUGUUUUGAAGAACAUUUUGUGUGUGUGUGUGUUUACCAUGUAAGUGUGCUGUAGUGUCCUCAGUUGUGCCUUCAUCACUCCUGGACCAAAUAGCCUUGAUGGUUGAUAUUGUUAUGCAAACCUUUUGUGUACUGUGUUGUGUUUCUGCGUCAGACAUUUGCCGUGAAGCUAUGGAGGAGCGUUGGAGCGUUUCCUCCUUAAUAAAAGAGGAUUCUGGAAUGUCCGUGUUCUAGGGGUUUCUUUAUCGCAUCAGCGUUCAAUUGCCUCACCAACUUCAUCAUGUACUGUGCUUAUUUAGAGGAUGUGAAGGACAAUUAGACGACCCUUUCCACUGUUUCUUGUGCCACCAGCAUCUGAGUCAUGCAUGCACACAUUUUGGAGUUUUCCCCCCCCACCCCAAAAAUUGUGUGGAGAAAGUUUGUUGACUUUCAUUUCUAAUCCAUUGAAAUAAAUUAGGUACCUAGAGAAAAGGUCUGUCAUUCCUACAAAGUCGGUGGAGUUCUGUACUCUGUUAUCCAUUGUGUUGUGGGACGGUUUAGGUCCGGUCGUGAAGCCCAGUCUUUCAAUUGGGCCGUCUGACUGCAAUUUUAAAUAGGUGUUAAGGAUUGAGAUUCCACUGUCAUAUUGCUCUCCUGUUUUAUUCAUAAUUUUUUUGUCAAAGAAAUGUUCUAUAUACAGGGAACAAUUAAUGACGAGCUUUAGAAUGUAAAGGAAAGCUUGGUGGAAUCCCUGACUGACUGGAAUGUGGAUAAAAAUAAAUAAAAAUAAUCAACA